GGUCAACAUUUAUAAAGUUUAGCCCAAGAAAAAUAAUAAGACAGCUUAUACCAAACAGCUUAUUCCCAUUCCAGAGUCUACAGAGAUAUUAGGCAAAACCGACUUCCAAACACCCCUAUUAAAAUCUCAGCAUCUGAUUCACACUUUCCAUCUGUAAAGCCCUAGACAAUUACUAGAACUCCAUCAAACAGAACUACCACCAAAUCAAAACCUCAAUCAAAAUGUCUUCAAUUGUUCUUAGAUCCCGAAUAGUUUCAAAUGAUUGCAGUUCUAAGAUCAUUUACCGAAGGGUUUUAAGUUCAGGAGUGGUUUCUUCCUCCUCCUCCUCUUCAAAUCCUUCUAAAGAAACGAUCAUUCCUUCACAAUCCAUUCUCUCCGAUAACCCGGCACCUCCUACUCCUCCUCCACCAGCGCCAGAAGCUUCCACGCAGGUUUCAGGAAGGAAAUCCUGGACCUUUCUCAAGUACGGACUUCUCGCAACUGUAACUGGUGCUAUUGGCUAUGCCGGUUAUCUCUCUUACAAGUGUUCAUAUGAGGAAGUAGAGCAGAAGGCAAAGUCAUUGCGGGCUGCAGCGAGGUAUACUCCUAGUGAAGAUGCAGCUGCUGUUGAAAAAUAUAGAGGCAUGCUCUACUCUGCUGCAAUGACAGUUCCAGCUAAAGCACUUGAAUCUUACCUGGAUCUCAGGAAGAUGGUGGAAGAACAUGUGAUGGAGUUUACUGAACCAACCUCAGAUAAGCUUCUUCCUGAUUUGCAUCCCCAAGAACAACAUGUUUUCACACUUGUCCUAGAUCUGAAUGAGACAUUACUUUAUACAGAUUGGAAGCGAGAGAGAGGUUGGCGUACCUUCAAAAGACCUGGAGUUGAUGCUUUUUUGGAACAUAUGGCAAAGUUUUACGAAAUUGUUGUCUAUUCUGACCAGAUGAAUAUGUAUGUCGAUCCUGUUUGCGAGAGGCUGGAUCCUAACCAUUAUAUACGAUAUAGGUUAUCAAGGGGUGCUACUAAAUAUCAGGAUGGCAAGCACUAUAGAGAUCUUUCAAAGCUUAACAGGGAUCCAGCCAAGAUAUUGUAUGUGAGUGCUCAUGCGUUUGAAUCCAGCCUUCAACCAGAAAAUUGUGUCCCUAUUAAGCCGUAUAAACUUGAGACAGAUGAUACAGCACUUUUGGAUCUUAUUCCGUUUCUUGAAUAUGUGGCGCGCAAUAGUCCAGCUGAUAUCAGACAAGUCUUGCAAUCUUAUGAAAGAAAAGAUGUUGCGAAAGAGUUUCUUGAGCGUUCUAAAGAGUAUCAGAGGCGAAUGCAAGGACAAAGGCAGCAAGGUCGUUUCUGGUGGAGAUGAGUAGAGGAUCAUGUAUAGUCGAUGAUUGUGGAUUUCAGAAAUCAUAGGAUGGAGUUAUGUAUAGUUGAUGGUUCUGGAUUUUCAGAAAUCAUUCUGCAGGAUGAAUCUGAAGAAUGUGAAAGACAAUCCAGUUUCCACCCCUCCAAUUUUGCCAGUAAAGAAGCCAUUUUCUGAUGAAGAUCAUAAAUUAAAUUGAUGAACUGCAUCAUUUAAAUGUCUGACCAAAUGACUUUUUUUUCUUUAUUUUUGCCGAGAUGUAGGCAAGCUUACACUCCACAGCUGAUUUUAAGGGUAUUCUUUCUUGCAA